AUGCGAGCAACAGGACCAUGCGAUCCGGCAACGAAUCGUGGUUGCGAUCGAUCGCUAAAUCAGGUCUGCGUGAAGAAGGACGGCAGAAACUUAUGCACAUGCCCACCUGGUUUUCAGAAAAAUCCAGUUACUCAGUGUUGUGGUGGUGAUCUGUGUAAUCCAGAGCUUGUCUCAUCAUGCCCACAUCCGGACGUUUGCAAAAUCACUCCAUUCGGCAACCACAGAUGUGCUUGCCUCGACUACUACUACAGAGAUCCAAAAACUGGAGCGUGCAAGGGCAGUCAACCACCUGCAGUUUCACCAGCACUGGAGGAGUGUGAUGCAGACAGACCAUGUCCUGAACAUGAAGAAUGCGUACGAACCAAAGCUGGUGGACACACAUGUCAGUGCGCGUCAGGCUAUGAACGCAACUACAGAAGCGAUAAAUGCCAACUGCCUGGCACAUGUGAUCCGACAAUUCCGGAAUCUUGUGAUCAACGGAAACGGGAACGCUGCCUACCGGAUGGCGACAAAUACACAUGCCAAUGUGAAGCCAACUAUAAGAGACAUCCGAUCACAGAAGUUUGCUUGAUUGACGAGUGUACAGCUGGAACGCAUGAUUGUGAUCAAAAUGCAAAAUGCUUCGAUACGGAUGAAAGUUUCAUCUGUACAUGUAAUGAAGGUUUCACUGACGAGAGUCCCGAUCCAUCGCAAAAACCUGGACGUGUCUGCAAACAACGUAAGUUGUCAAUAACU